CUGUGACGCAGCCGCUUUCCGACAAAGCAGGAAAUCCUUAACUACCGGGACGUUAACUGAAUCAGGAGGAUGGAUUCUAUUGAAAACGUCUCAACAGGUGAUGGCGUUCCAAAUUCAGGGGAAGACAAGCAAUCCACACUAGCUGUUGGUGAUGAGAAACAUUUGUCUGAGCUCCGCUUGGUACUGCUAGGUUGGAGGUGGCCAGGCAAAAGUUUAACUGGUAAUACAAUCCUUGGUCAUGAGGAAUUCCGCUUAGAACGUGCUGCUGAAUUCUGUGUAAAACGUGAAGCAAAUGUGUGUGGUCGUCAGGUGAUAGUGGUGGAUACCCCAGGCUGGUUCUCCACUCAAACUACCCCUGCGGUAUAUCAGCAGGAAAUGGUGCGAGGAAUCACCAUGUGUCCACCAGGACCUCAUGCUUUCUUGCUGGUCAUUCCUGUGGGAAUGUUUACAGAGGUCGAUCGUACUUGUAUUGAAGAGAAUCUGGCUCUGCUUGGAGAUCACGUGUGGAGGCACACAUUGGUUGUUUUUACGUGGGCUGAAGUCUUGCGGGACAAACCAAUUGAGAGAUACAUAAGAAGAGAAGGCCCUGACCUCCAGUGGGUGGUGGACAAAUGUAACAAGAGGUACCAUGUCAUCAAUAACUACAUUUUCGGAGAACACCCUCAACUUCCUGGUCUUAUCAAGAAAAUUGAGAAUAUGGUGGCUGAGGAAGGUGGACACUACAAACCAGACACUGAGGAAAAAAUGCAGCAAAACCAACAUCAAUCCAAAAAUGAAAAUGACUAUCAAAACCAAAGUUCUAGCAAAGACUUGGGUGCGAGACCAAAAAGGAACUGCUCUUUUGGGUCACAUAGAAGCAUGGAUGUAGAAACAGCACAGAGCAUCUCCAGUCAGCCUAAUGAAUGACAGACCAAGCAUGAGAAGUUGAAGAACAAAGGAGUAAAAGCUUUUGAAUCAUCACAACUGUCAUACCUAACGUUCUCUAAAACCUUUCGGAUGAUUUCAUCACUAAGAUACACACGCACACACUAUACUGUACGACUUGCAUUUAUAUUCCAUUAACGCAAUUUGGAAAUAGGGAUUUUUAUUGAUGUUUAUGAUGUGAAAUAUUGGCAAAGGAAAUCAAACACUUGUUCUUGUGAACUUAUUGUAUGAUUUAUUGUAUAUACUUAGACAAUGCUUAAUUUUUUGUUCAUCAGAGAACACAUUUUUAGCAUUACAGCUAGACUGCUUUCUAACUAAAUGUUUUGCAUAAUUUAGAACAAUGCUUCAGGUCUCUGUCUAGUUGUAUAUUGUAGUAACAUUUGCUCCAGUUAUGUGCUGCACAGGUAUGGUAUUGGAGUCUAACAUUGGAUUAUCUGGUUGUUAUGUCUAACUUCACAAUUUAUUUCCAGGUCCUACUGGUCUUUCGUCCAGAUUAGUUUACUAGUGCAGCCAGCCUGUUUUCACAACCUUUUCACCAUCGCCUCCUUUUAGUGAAGGUAAAAAAAAGAAAUCUUAAUUCUAACAGAGUAAUUAGUCUGUGCAACCAGAUGAUAUAAUCAAGGGUAAAUACUAUAUUUUCCGGACUAUAAGUCACACUUUUUUUCAUAGUUUGACUGGUCCUACAACUUAUAGUCAGGUGCGACUUAUAUAUCAAGAUAUAUAUAAUUUAACAUGUUUUGAAAUAUUAAUUCAUACUGACUGACAUGAACCCUACAUGAAACAUUACCGUAUACAGCCGCAAGAGGGCUCUCUAGGCUUGUGGAAUGAGAUCAGGUGCUUGGUGAACUUGGUGUCACCCCCGGGAAAAUGUAUUAAAUAUUGUUGUGUAAAUGCACAAGUUCUGCCCACUUUCAGUCAGAGAUUAGGGCUUGCACUAUGCCUAAAACACGCUUGCAUACUGUAAAUCCUCAAAUUAUGGCUGAGAUUCUAUUUAUAGCCAGGCCUCAGAUUCGGACAAAUCAAGGUCGGCCCCCAAAUAGCUUACAAGCCAGGUUAAUAAGGUUGUCUACAUUGUUUAGAUUUAAGUCAAUGAAAUAAAAGAGCUCUUCUUAAUA